AUGUAUGGCAGUCCAAUGGGUGGCUACCAGUUUCAGGGACAAUUUCAACCGCAACAGCCGCAACAGAAUCACCAGGGCCUCUACACCAACGGAGUGGGAGACCAGUUCUACGGGCAGCAGCAGCAGAACCAAUUCGCGCCACAGCAACAGAAUCAAUAUGCUGCGCGUCAACAGCAGCUUCUGCGGAUGCAGAUGGCCCAGCAACAGCAGCAACAACAACAACAACAACAGCAGCAGCAGCAGCAGCAGCAACAUCAAUCGACGGCGCGAUUUAUGGGCGGCGGUGCUGGUGGCGGAUAUCAGGACUAUGGCCGUAUGCAGUCGCAGCAACAGCAUAUCCAUCAGCAGCACUCAUGGCCGCAGCCGCAACCUCUGCCGCAACAACACCAGCAAUACCACGGUCAGUCAUCCCCGAGGCAGAAUAUGACGGGCAUGCAACAGGCACCACAACAUGCUCAGCAUAUGAUGCAAUCGCAGCAAUCCCAGGCUUCGGAUCAGAUGCUGCAGCGGAUGUAUCAACAGCAGCAGCAGUUACAGCAGCAGCAGGCAGCCCAACAACAUCUGAGGUCACCGCAAAUACACCAACAGCGAGUGUCCCCGCAGCCAAGAGCCUCGCCGUUGCUGCCAUCACAGAUGCAGAGGAAGCAUUCGUUGCAAGGACAGACAGGACAUCAGGCGAUGCAAUCUCCUAUACAGCAACAAUUGCAGCACCAGUAUCAGUCGCCGCCACCGCCGCAGAUGAAGCCACGAACACCCGUGCAAAAUCAAAUGUAUUUGCAGCAUUCCCGAACGCAGUCACAAACACCGCCGCAACCUCAACAUCAAACCCUUCAGCCGACGCCUCCACCACCACCCCCGCCUCAACCAGUUCCAGAGCCCAUACAAGAAGUGCAAGAGCCGCCUGCGCCAGAACCCGAGCCCGAGCCCGAGCCCGAGCCCGAGCCUACACCUGCGUUUGAACCUCCUCCAGAGCCCAUGCUCGAUCUACCACUGGAAGAGCCUCCGAUGCAGCCUGCGAUACAGGAACCCAUCAACUUUGUGAAUCCCUUAGAUAUCUUCAACGCGCCUCCACCUCCGCCUUUGCCGCCGCUCCCAUUGGGAGACCUCAUGAAUUUCGGCAAGAAAGAACCCGAUCCAGACCCAGUGCCGGAGCCUAAGUCAGAGCCUCAGCCCAAGCCAGAGCCAGAACCCGCCCUAGAGUCCAUCACCGUCAAGCCAACUGAACUAGAAGCGACAGUCAAACCAUCUCCAGUGCAAGAGUCCAUCACCGUAAAUACGUCUAUACCGAAGCAAAAGAUCAAACAAGAACCAAAAAAUGAACCCGUGCGCAUCAAAUCAAGUCCCCAUUCGUCCGUAACCAACUCUCCCGCCCUCUCUACAAAAUCACCCGGCAUCACGAAACGGUCACCCGCACCGAAACCUCGCAUCAACACGAUUCCGAUAAUGGUUGCCAUUGCCGAAGAAUGCCUUGAAAAGGCUCGCAACGCCGUACACGACGUGGCCAUGUCUGCUGAUCCUGAGAGGGUUGACGAAUAUCAAAAGUUAAUCGUCACGAGCUUGUCAUGUUUGGAAACAGCCAUGCAAAAUAAUAAGCUUGCGCCGAGGGAAGAAGCUCGAUUACGGAUGAGAUAUGCUGCGGUUUUGCAAGAAGAAACAGAGAAUUUGAUGGAGGCGGAAAUGGCUCUCGGGAAGGGUAUCAGCUUGUGUGACAAGGUAAGCUGGGAGUAUAUUGAAACUGUUACUUCUCAUGCUAAUUAUUGUAGCACCCUGUCGAUGGCCAUAUAUCUGAUUGCGAGGCGUAAGCAAUCCCCGCAUUGGCAUGCCCAUGCCUUGUCAAGAACGGAACUGACAAUUCGCAGAUUCAAACACGUGCAAUGGUACUAUGCUUUUCGACUUUUGAAGUCAACCUUUUACAUGUCUAUGGGAAACGCGUCGGAUGCUGCUGCAUUAGAAAACAUUAGAGCUGUCCAAAAUGUUGCCAACACCCGAGGCGACAACGCCAUGACCGUUUUUGCUUCAAUAUUGGAAGGAUUGGCGCUUCUCAAAACAUCCAAGGACAGUAACAUCGAGCGUGUGCAGUCUUGUAUCGCACAAGCGGCCAAAUUCCAAUUCGACCCUACCGUCAAGAUCAUGCAGCUAGAGAUGCUCACCUUGCUGCUGGAUUUUGCUUCGAGCUUGUACCAUCAAAGCCCAGACGCGACAGCCCAGAAACUACGAUUACUACAGCAGAGGUUGGACGAGUGCGAGGAGUGGAAUAAUGUCAAAGCAGACUUUCUCAUUCCCGUCAAACGGCAGCCGUCAAAUGCUCGUACGGUUAGUGACGAGACGUCAGCCAUCAUUCGUCCGGCGGGCGAUGGCGACGGAGACUUUGAUUUUAUGGUCAUUUCUUUCAUGACCAAGGUGGAAUUACGGUCACUUGUGUAUGUAGGACAAGUACAAGAAUUUGCCAUGCGUAUGCUAACUUGGUUAUCUAGCUUUACCUUUAGUGGGCUGGCAAACAUGCAUAAGCCUUCGUCGCAAGGACGUCGUUCUACCGAGUUUUGGCUGGAGGGAGUCAAGAUUCUUGACACUUGUAAGUUGUCGCCAGGUUGCCGACGACUAUGCGUCUUCAAGACUGACAGCAUAAUAGGGGACAGCUCGACUGCCGGUAUCCCAUAUGGGCCGUCAGUGUCACUAUCGACAGCUAUUCGACAACGGGCUUGGCGGACGGAAGCCCAGGCUUAUCUCAGCAUCCUACUAGGAAUCUUGGCGGCCAGUCACUGCCAAUGGGACAAGGUGAAGCAAUUCAUGUCGAAACUCGAAACCUUAAUCACACCCUCUACACAGCCUACGAUCGGGUUACUCUCUACCUAUUUAACCGGCGUCUAUUUUCAAGGAACGGGCAAUUUACAGGCAGCCCUGAGUGUAUUCCUCGAUAGCCGCUUCGAUAUACCCCAAACGUCAAGCGGCGUGAAAGCGGGCCAGCGAGAAAUCGCACUCCUCGCCGGCUUAAAUCGACUGUGGAUCAUGCAGCACCCAAGCUGCAGAAAUGACUAUCAGACACACGAGCUGAUUGAGCAAUUACAACCAUUCUGCACGAAUCACUGGAACAUCGACCUCCGCACAGCAUGGCAUAACGUCGCUGCUGCGCUGGAAACAGACCCUCCGCAGCAGCUUAACCAGCAGAAGCAGCAUAUUCAAGCGGCCAUGUCGGGAUCCAAGGUGACCAACAACAUACUCGGAGCCGCAGUCACUCUAUGUAUUAUGCGAAGCCGAUUCUUUGAAAACGUCAUUGGAGAACAGGCACUUAAGAGUGCGCGGGCGGCAUCCAAACAGGCCCAAAGGAGCGGCAACAUGUUGUGGCAGAGCGUUGCGGACGGCAUGCUGGCGCAGUCUUAUGAGGUCCAGGGCCACAGAGACGAAUCAAGUCAAGAGUGGCAGAAGGCGACAAAGGAGGCCAAGGAUGCAUUUGCAGGGAGUUGGUGA